AUGAGACGCAAACCCGAAUUUCAAGCCGUUGGGCCGAAUCGAGCUGGUAUUAUCAGCUUGUCUGAUGAUGCUGCCGCUAUCGUUUCUUCCAACGUUAGUGAUUUACCAAAAUCUUCAAUAACUAACACCAAGUGGAUACCACAAAAAUUAGUACGUUCACAUCAACAAGGCAACGGCAGUGUAAUACGUACACAAGAAGAAAAAGAUAAUGAUGUUUUUCGUCGAUGUCGUGCUUUACUCAAUAAAUUAACACCAGAAAAGUUCGAUAAGCUCGCUGAUGAUUUAGCUAAUCCAUCAUUUGGAAUCGAUUCACCUCAUCUAUUAAAAGGAGUCAUUCUACUUAUAUUUGACAAAGCACUUGCCGAACCAACUUAUUGUGCAUUGUAUGCUGAAUUGUGUCGUCGAUUGGAUCGUGACGCACCGAAUUUCGAACCAGCGGAUGCACCUAUUCGCACCUUUCGUCGUUUGCUCUUAGCUAAAUGCGAAUACGAAUUUGAAAAUCGUAUUCUUCUUGGACAAUCAACAACAAACAAUAAUAUCGACGAAGACAUGAGUCCACUAGAAGCUCGUACUCAAGCUCGCAAAAAAGCGAUUGGAAAUAUAAAAUUAAUUGGUGAAUUAGGUAAACUUGAUCUCGUGUCCGAAGCAAUAUUACAUAAAUGUUUAAAAACUUUACUUAAACGUGGCACCAAUGAAAAUCUAUCUGAACGUUGUGAAGAUCUAGAAUGUUUAAAAAAAAUCAUACAAACCGUGGGACGAAAACUCGAUCAAGGUCAAGGAAAAAAUCUUAUGGAUCAAUAUUUAGAUCGUAUCAAAAAAAUCCAAACACAAAAUGAUUUACCGUUACGCGUUAAAUUUAUUUUACAAGAUAUUAUCGACUUGCGUGCAAAUCAUUGGGUACCACGUUUAGCGUUCAUGGACAAAGAAACAAAACUAACCGAUGACGAUGGAAAUCAACAAACACAAAUUACAUAUAAAUAUCAGCCAUCGCAUACAAUGAUUCCUUCAUUGACGAAUCCAUUUGCUUAUCAAUUUCAAAAUUCAUCGACACCAACUAGCCUUUUUCAACGAGCACCAUUUCAUCCUUCGAUUCUACAACGUCCAAGACCUACACAAGUCACUUCGGAUAGAUAUCAAUUCGAACGACUGAAUCCUUUGUCAACAGAAACUGAGCAACCAAAUUCUUCGAAACCACGUCAAACAUAUCGCGGAACCAACUCUCCCAAGUCUCGACUUCAUCAACACGAUAAUUUAACUAAUCCUUUCGAUAAUUCAUCUAAAGAUAAUGAUUCAGCCCAUAAACUCCCGAACGGAAAUGCAAAUCGUACGUCAAAUUCUCCAACAUAUUCAAAUGGUUUAUCGUCAACUACAUCGACCAAUGGGUCCAACAAUCGUCCGAAUUCAUCAUCGUCGUCAUCGUUUAGUCUUCGCCCUAAGAAACCAUCCAAUCUGCGCGCACCAAUGACCGAUCGUGAAGAAGUCGAAUCGCCUAUUAUACCAAAAUCAUUCAAUGAUUCAAAUAAAAAGCCAACAUCAGAAAUUCUCACCAAUCAUCCGUUAACAAAAAAUAUGAAUAAUUUAUCGUCAUUAAUCAAAUCAAAAGAUUCGCAUCAUCAUCAUCAUCAUCAUCAUCCAACAACAAAUAAAACUUCAACACAAACAGCAGCCACAAUGACACGCGAUGAUUUAUUAUUAAAAUAUAGUUCGUUUCUUCAAAUGACAGUUGACGAUUUUGAACUUAUACAUAAUGAAUUACGUGCAUUAAAACUGUCGAAAAAUCAAACAAUAGAAUUUAUUCAAUAUCUAUUCGACCAAUCAUUACAUGAACAUAAUAAAAAUAUUUUAUUUAUUGCACGAUUAUUAAUUUAUUUAUACAAAAAUACAUUUAUUACAAAUAAUCAUUGUAUAAAUGUUCUUAUGAAUAUUCUUGCAAAAAUUCAUGACUACGAAAAAGAAUUAGCCUUAUUUAAAUCAGAAUUAGCAACGAUCAUUGCAAAUAUUAUUUGGGCUGGUCUAAUCAAUGAUCAAGACGAUUCCUCAUGUAAAAACAACGGUACGAAUGCUUCAAAAAAGACGAUCUUACCAUCUUCAGUGUUACUAUCAUUCAAUGAUGUGUGUGAUCUGCUUAAAGAUGGUCAACAUCAUCCACUCUUUCUUCUUGUACUCCAACAAUUACAACAACUUUUUCAUAAUGAUGAAAAUUAUAUGUGCAAUCUACUCGAACGCUCUCGCAUAAACAUGCGUGAGAUGGUACCUGAGAGUGAACGUCAAGAUACAUUACUCCUACAAGUUCUUGAAGAUCGUGGUUUAGCAUAUUUGUGUUCACAUUUAAAAUUACGUGUUCAAACGUUAAAUAAACUUUCAUCGUCGCCACUUGAUUCGAAUGAAUUUUUAUCAUUCGUCGAACAGCAAACACAGCUUUACGAUAGAAAUAGUCAAUCAUUUAUUCAAACUUUAGUGACUUGUAUUUAUGAAGCUGCGAUAUCGCCAACAUUAAUAUCAUCGAAAACUGAUAAAACAACGUUAAAUCAAGAAAAAAUCUUUAUUGAAGCUCAUCGUCAAUGUUUACAAACCUAUGUCAAAACAAUUGAACAACAAGUUUGGGCUUUAUAUGCGCUGCAAUUAAUUGGACAUAGAAAUAAUUUCCCCAAGGAGUUACUAUUACGUAUGUUUGUGUACUCGUAUGAUUUAGAUAUAAUCGAGGAAGACGCCUACUAUAAGUGGAAAGAAGAUAUUAAUGAUGAUAUACCUGGCAAAGGUAAAGCACUAUUUCAAGUUAGUAAAUGGUUGCAAUGGCUUGAACAUGCAAGCGAAGAAUCAGAUGGUGACGAUAAUAAUGAUAAUCUGAAAUCUCAAGAGACAAUAUUGAAUGAUAAAGAAAAUGGUCACGAUGAAAAAACCGCGGAACAAGAACAAAAUGCAUGA